AAGCGGAAUCACUACAGCGAACUUGCCAUGACUGUUGUCGACGCUCAAUCUGUUGCUUCUGCCUGGCUUUCCAAGUUUGCACUUUCUCUCGAAACGGGGGAUAUCAAGAGCAUAGUGUCGUUGUUUCUUUCAAGGGGUUAUUUCAGAGACCUCCUCAACUUUACUUGGGAUUACCACACUCUGCACGGACACUCUGGCAUCUCUUCGUUCUUGCAAUCCAAUCUUUCAAGUGGGUCUAUCAACAACGUCCGGCUGGAUGAACGAGUAUAUUUCGCCCCCACGUACGGUCGGAUUGGACCCACCGACGUCGGCGUAUCGACUGGCUUCACGUUCGACAAGGAUGGAAUAGCAAAGGGACAGGGACACGCGAAGCUGCUUCAAGAUGAACAUGGGGAAUGGAAAGCGCUUUCUGUCUUUAUGAUGAUGGAUUGCCUCCAUAAUCAUCCGGAGUUAGGUCCUGAGUCUGGAGUGUAUGGCGGGCACACCAUUCCCUGGGGAUGGGUAAGGGAUGAACGAACGAGGAUGAUUGAGAGCGAUCCCUAUGUCCUUGUUGUUGGUGCUGGUCAGACCGGAUUGAACAUUGCCUCUCGCUUCAAGCAAAUGAACAUUCCUACUCUGAUACUUGAACGGAGUGCGCGAGUUGGAGACGUUUGGCGAGAGCGUUAUCCAACAUUAGUCCUACAUACACCACGGCCACACCACUCACUAAACUACCAGCCCUUUCCCGAAACAUGGCCCAUCUUCACCCCUCGAGAUAAACUAGCGGAUUGGCUGGAGCAAUACGCUAUCUCGCAGGACCUUGUGGUAUGGACACGAUCCAUACUACAACCCGUUCCUGCGUACGACACAGAAACCGCGAGGUGGACCUGCACAGUCUCUCGCGAUGGAAAGGAUGUCGUUCUCAGGCCAUCCCACAUCAUUAUUGCUUCAGGAACCCUCGGAAGCCCUGAUAUCCCUAAUAUCCCUUCGUCCGCGUGUUUUCUGGGAGAGACCUUGCAUACCGCUGCUUAUCAAGGCGGCGCUUCGUUCACCGGCAAACGUGUCAUUGUCAUUGGAGCUGGCAAUAGCUCUGCCGAUGUAUGCCAAGACCUCGUCGUAGAAGGUGCCAAGAGUGUGAUGAUGGUACAGAGGAGCGCGACGGCUGUUGUAUCUGGGGAAAAGAAGGCGAGGAUGUUUAUGGCUGCCUUUCCGCCGGACGUGCCGGUUAGCGUCAGCGAUUUCAAGUUCUCGAGCACGCCAUGGCCGCUGCUGAGGGAGUUUGCAAUUGAGGCUGGGAAGAUUGAGGAGAGGGAUGAAGAGAGCGAGAUGUUGGAGAAACUAGCUAAUAAGGGAAUGAAACUUACGAAAGGAACGGACGGCAGCGGACAACUUUUCUUUGUUUUUGAGAGGCUCGGGGGUUAUUGGUGGGAUGUAGGCGUAUCCGACCUCAUUCAGAAAGACAAAAUCAUUGUGAAACAAGGUGUUGAGAUCUCUCGAUUCAAACCGAACUCGGUCAUAUUUUCCAAUGGCUCUGAGCAUGAGGCAGACGCCGUCAUCUACGCGACAGGGUAUAAGAGCAUUUUGGAAUCAUUAAAGCCCGUGUUUGGAGAGGAGGUCAUCUCGAAAACGCCGGCAAUAUGGGGGUUUGACGAAGAGCAAGAGCUGAGAGGUUGCUAUCGACCAUCUGGUCAACCAGGACUCUGGUACGGCGCUGGGGAUUUCUUCACCUCUAGAUUCUUCUCGAAGUUACUGGCUAUACAAAUCAAAGCCAUCCAGCUCGGGCUGACGAAGCAAUGACCUUACUGAGGGCAACUGCUUCAUACCUCUUCGCACCAUGCAUGUUUAGCUGGGGCCUUUCAGUCGAGUAAGAGGUCGUACGCCUUAGACAAAGCUGGCAAGGGGUUGUCUCUACGAUAAGCAUCUCCUAUUUUUUUUAAACUCUCGUUUAUCCUCCAUCCCCAUGAAUGGUCUCGAGAUUGUCUCAAAUCGGCUGAUCACCACUGAGGUCAGAGGAUUCAAUACAGAGAAUACAACAUUACAGUUCCUCGAGUGAACAAUAUGAACAAUAGAAUUUUAUGUCAGUUAAUCAUCGCUUCCUCAAUUCCAUGAUCCAGACAACGCCUCGACACUCCCAAACCUUCUCUAUCCUCAAUCCAGCCUUGUCAACAAGCCAUGUCCAUUCCUCCAACGUACGCUCUUGCCCGUUCAUCAGUGUCAUCAUGCUCAAAUCUCGCAUGUGCUUAAAACGACUCGCGUAUCCGUAGUUUCGUAAGAGCGGCGAGGGAGCAUCCAAGAUGAUACCUCUAGAAUUCUCUGGAGCGCCAAUGCCAGAGUCGCCUGCGACGGUCGGAGCAGUGGUCACAAUGAUCUGGUCUGAGAUCAAGAUUCGAGAGUUGGGUUCUGUGAGGGCUGGUAUGAGCCCAGCCAAAAUCUGAAGACACUUGUCGUCGUCCCAGUCAUGCAUAAUAUAGCGCAUGAGAUAUACUUCUGCCCCGUGUAUGGGCUGCUCUUUGAAGAAAUCGUGCGCCAUAAAUUCAACUCUGUGAGCCUCAACGGCCUGUGGCAUUUCGCGUUUCCAUAACUCCUCCGCGAGAGCAACGACGUGUGGGCGGUCCUGAAUCACGAAGUGAAGGUUCGGAAACUGUUUAGCCAAAUCAAGGCUCAUACCCCCAGCGCCUCCUCCGACAUCGAUAAUAGUAGCGGAGCCCAGAUCCGCCCACGGAUAGUCUGCGUAUAGAGGUGGUCCCAGAGCUCGCCCACCACCGACCAUGGCCAUUCCGAAAAUCUUGAACUCGGGCUUCCGCUCCAUAACCCCAUCCGCUCCCGGUACAGGUUCCUCAAGCCACUGCCAUCGUGAGAGUGAGGUUUUGAACUGAUGCUGGAAGGCCGUGUCGACAUCGGAGGAAGAAUUCGUUUUGACUGGGUCGUAUAAAACAGCAGGGAGUGAGACGGUGGCAGCGUACGCAUCCCAGCUCAUGGCUACAAUCCAAGCUCUGAGGCCCUCGUUUCCUACAAGACACGCGCUUGUACUAGUGUUGGCAAACCAUCCAGUACGCACCUCCCUGAAGACAGAUAUAGCACACAUGGCUCUGAGAACUCUUCCUAGUUUCUUUGCCUGAAUUCCCGUCUCCGUGCUCAGUGUUUCCAGGCUGACACCUCUAUCGGUACUUGUGGCAUUAUUCAAUAAAUCUGGUAUCCGCUUUUCCACAGCGAUGUGAAAGGCUCUGGCCUCCAAAUGCUGCGAGGCCAGUUCCAUGCAUCUGCUGCGUGGCUCCUGAACAUGGUCGACGAUCUGUCCUAUGGCUCCCAGUAUGGUACGACGAGCGUCAUAGAGCUUGUGAGAUGGGAGAUCCGAGGAGUCGCUUGGAAUCGAAGAUACAUCGAGGGGGGAAUCUGUAGUCUGCCAGGCCUCGAUGAUAUCUUCAGACGCGGAAACAAGGAGAGAUACAAGGGCACGAAGGUCCUGAAUCUUUUCAGCGAGACUCUCCAUCGAGGGCGGUCGACAGCGUCGUCGACGGUGGGCAAGUCUUAAAUAUGACGAGCUAUGACAGCACAAGUCGAGGGUUUCUUGCUGGCGACGAGCUCGAGAG